UUUGACAUUUCCCCAGUGAGGGCAAAUUUGUUUACAUAAAAUUAGAGUGAAAUUUACCGGAAAGGAAUCCACCGAUUUGUGAAUAAAAUGAAUUCAACUGUUGAUUGAACAUCCCUUUGCUGGCUCAAAGAACAUAUCGUCCGGACUAUGGUGAAGAGUUGAUGUUUCUAAGCGAAACGGUUCGGCAUCAAAAUAACAAACAAAAAACUUCUUGUUGUUAUGGCAAUAAUUUAGCCACUGCAAAACAACGUGUACCAAUAUGAUAGCUUACUCUUUCACAUUGACAUAACCAAUAGCAAAGAAUUCAGUUUACGACGAGUUGAUAAUCAGCAAAAUGUUUUUCAAUCUGACCAACAUAAUUUACUUGUACCUGCGACCGUUAAUCAAAUGGUUUUUACGUCGCUUCACACGACUAUGUGAACUGCAGCGUAUAUGCUAUGGGCAACCUGCGGGAGCCCCACGAGCAAAGGCUGUCGAGACGUCUUUGAAUCUGUCACGUAGACCUGCGAUCAUUUCAAUGGUCAAAAAUUUGAACUACAUCGUCCAGGAUGACAUUAGCGAUCGAACUAUUCGGGAGCGUGUGGUUUAUUCGGCUGUGCUAAAUGUAGUCAAGUGCAAAAAAAUCAAUAGCAAAAUCCAUCCAGACUUUGCACCAUCGUUUCGUGCAACCAUCGAACAAAUCUGGGGAUACAAGAGGUUGUUUCACACUAUCGAAAUGAUUCGCGUAACGCCAUACAAUUCGGACGAUUCAUCUCACGAAGAAAAGCUCUUGGAACUGUGGGACUUGUUGAUGCCGAACGAGUGUUUGGAGCAAAGAGUCACCAAGCAAUGGCAAUGUAUCGGCUUUCAGGGCGAUGAUCCGAAGACAGAUUUUCGUGGAAUGGGGAUGCUCGGCUUGGACAAUCUUGUGUUCUUCUGCAAGCAAUACAACGGUGCAGCAAGGCAUGUUUUAGCUCAUUCACAUCAUCCGGUGCACGGUUAUACGUUUGCCAUUGUGGGUAUAAAUCUCACCUCGAUGGCAUACAAUCUGCUGAGAUCCGGAGCGGCACGCACACACUUUUAUAAUUUACGUCGCCAGUGGCCGAAUGUGGACGAUUUUCAUAAGUUCUACUGCUACUUGUUUUUCGAAUUCGAUCACUACUGGAUGGAAUGCAAACCGACCAGCAUCAUGGACUUUUCCUACAUAAACAGUAAAUUUGAGCGAAAGAUUUUGGAAAUGCUGGCGGACGAUAGUACGUUUUUGAAAAUGAAUUUGUUUGUCGAGGACAUUUGAAAGUGAUUUUGUGAAUCUAUGGAUAAGACUGGCGUGUAAUUGAAACCGUUCUAGGCAACUGCUUUUAAUUGUAAAUUAUGUAAGACAAGUUCGCGUAAUUAAAGCGUUUGAUGCUCAUGAAACA